GGAAGUUAGCAUAGCAUUUACUGCCGCACGUGGGCAAGUGCGAGGUUCAAGUGUUGUUCUUGUAGUUGCUGAAGCAGCUACAACAUCAAAAUGUUGAAAAACUUGGUGAGGGAGCGACUAAUUGCGGCCGCCGACGAAAUUUUCGAACUGUUUGAAAAAACGAUAGCGUCGUACGAGGAGCAAGUUUGUCGCGCGCGAGAGGAGACCGAGCGACGACGACAACUGGAAGCUGUUUGCGACACACAAAUUGUCUUGCGCGUCCAAGACGUCCAGCAGCCGAUUUGUCGUCCGGAAGAACUUCCUCGUCAGUCGCAGUGGGGGUGCUCCAGUGUGAAACAAGAGGGCCCACAGCACCUCAAUGUUAAAGAGGAAGAGGAGGAGGCUGACGUCAGCAAGUUCCCACUAAAUCGUGUCUCUGUGAAGAGUGAAGACGAACCACCCGAGUGGUCGCAGCUUCAUCAUGAGAGUCCAAGUGGAGACCACUGUGGAGGACCACCACCGGACAACCUCUUAGCUCCACUGUCAGACAGCGACAACAUGGAAGAACUUUUGAAGAGCGACGAAAACUGUGAAGGUGAAGACAAACACUUGAAAAUCUCUGAAAAGGAGACAAGUCUUGACAAGGACGCUUCACAAAGGGGUAGUGAAAGUGUUACCUGCUCAGUUUGUGGCGAUAAUUUUUCUAAACAACAUUUGAUUGUACACAUGAGAAUACACACAGGAGAAAAACCCUUCAGUUGCUCAGUUUGUGCUAAAGACUUCAUUAAAAAGUCACAGAUAAACAGACACAUGAGAAUACACACAGGAGAAAAACCCUUUAGUUGCUCAGUUUGUAGUAAACCAUUCAUUGAAAAGUCACAUAUGGAUAGACACAUGAGAAUACACACAGGAGAAAAACCCUUUAGUUGCACAACAUGUGGUACAACAUUCCAUAGAAAGCAACAUCUAGAAAUACACAUGAGAAAACACACAGGGAAAAAACUUUUCUGCUGCUCAGUUUGCGGUACAGCGUUCUCUAGAAAGCAACAUCUAGAAAUACACAAAAGAAAACACACUGGAAAAAAUGUUUUUUGUUGCUCAGUUUGUGGUAAAGAGUUAAUUAACAAGUCAAAUAUGGUUAGACACAUGAGAAUACACACAGGAGAAAAACCCUUUAGUUGCUCAGUUUGCAGUAAACCAUUCAUUGAAAAGGGAAAUAUGAUGAAACACAUGAGGGUCCACACAGGCGAAAAACCCUUUAUUUGCACAACAUGUUGUAAAACAUUCUCUAGAAAGCAACAUCUGGAAAUGCAUGAGGAUACACACAGGAGAAAAACCCUUUAGUUGCUCAGUUUGUGGUAAAGCAUUCAAUCAAAAAAAAAAAAAAAAAAAAACAGCAUGAUAAAACAAGUACACACGGAAGAAAAACCCUAAUGGUAUUCUGAAAUGUGCGGAGGCUUCGAAGCGCGGGUGGCGCAAUGGAGGGGACGUUUCUGCAAAGCGUGGUGCCAACACUGCAAUGUGCCGCCUGUUAUGUUCGGCGACUCUGCUUUUUAUUUGAACUCGUUUAACAGUAACCCGGUACUACAAAGGAGAUGAGAAGACAACUUUGGCCGAGAUAAUUUCACCAUUGUGUGACAACACUAAUCCUGACAGUAAUAUAUGCUUGUCAUUAUUAUUCCAUUAUUGGUUGUGCUUGAUGUUUUCAUAACCCCAAUUUUGUUACAUUUGCACCAAAGAUUGACAAUAAAGGCUUCCUAUUCUAUUCAUGUUCAAUCUGUUUUGUUACUUUGUUACAGCUGUGGUUGUUUUUAAAAUCGCUCCAUACACAAAGCUGAAGCCGUGCAAGUUGAAGUACACAAGCACCUGCGUGCACUGUGGCGCUGCGGAUGGCUCAUUAAAAUCAGAUCGGGAUCCUUUGAUCGCUUCACCGAUACUUGGAUAACUGCAGCAAUUAGAAAGGUAAUACGUCAUUCACGGUGACUUUAUGUAAUACCUGCCGACAGCGAUUAUACCUUGAAGAGUUUGACGCUGUCAUUGUUACCAGUAUGCGUUUCGCUGGCGACAAGAAGUUAGCACGUCUCUGGACCCCAAAUGCAUUGAGUCCUUUCUUCUCUCAGUUUUCUGUGCUUAUUUUAUACAUGUGCACAAUAGCAAAUGUCAUAAUCCACAUUGUCCUCCUCCACUCCACGUUCACACAAAACUGAGCCAUCUUUUCCCAAUUGCACUUACUGGUGUUUUUA